UCCAGAAACCCCAGUUCUAAUUUUUGAUGGGGUCAAUAUAAACCCUAAUUCUUACAUUCUUCACUUUUCUUCUCGACUCUGCACAUCUCUCGCUCUUGCUGUGGAUUUUGCAACUGCUCUGCUGUUUCUUCCAAAAUGAGCCGCCCAAUGGAGGAAGAUGCACCAGGUAAGAAUGAGGAAGAGGAAUUCAACACUGGACCACUAUCUGUCCUCAUGAUGAGUGUUAAAAAUAACACCCAGGUACUCAUAAAUUGUCGGAACAACAAAAAGCUUCUGGGUCGUGUCAGGGCUUUUGAUAGGCACUGCAACAUGGUUCUUGAAAAUGUCAGAGAAAUGUGGACCGAGGUGCCUAAGACUGGUAAAGGAAAGAAAAAGGCUCAGCCUGUCAACAAGGAUAGAUUCAUCAGUAAAAUGUUCCUCCGCGGAGAUUCUGUCAUCAUCGUCCUCAGGAACCCAAAAUAAGCUAGUAACUUGUUCAUCAGUUUGAGUUCUGAAUAGGUAUUUCGUUCAGUUGAUUUUGGUAGUAAGGAUGUAGCACCAGUCAAAAUUGCCUGUUUCUAAGCAGAAAUUAUGCAGCAAAAGGGGCAUUUGCUUGUACGAAAUAUGAUUGUUUUCCGAUUUCCUAUUCUAAGGUUGAAUUCAAAUGCUUAGUAGCAGUUUAUGCAAGGUUCUUGAUAUAUAAAUAUAUGUUUCUGCUUGACUAGGAAGUGUUCCUUGAGUUUCAUUUCCCUUUCAUGCUUAGAUUUAUCAUCUAUUAGUUCCAUGUGCUAAGAGUACUUCUUGCAUGUCAUUAUUAUACUUUCGACUUAACUAUGAAUUUCUUUGGGGAGUUCAUUUGCUUUCAAGUUGUAGAUUUUCAGUCUGCAAUUUUUAUUUGUAA